GUAACAUCACUAGAUGCUCGCACGCAGUAGACGCCGCAUGUACUGUGGCCGGGCCUCGCGUGUAAUUACAAGUAGUGUGUGCGUCUGAUAUGAACUGUCCUCUGUGUUUAUAAAUAUAAAACUGUGAAAAUGUCUAAAACUGUGCUCGCUAGACAAUGCUUUUUCUCUCGUCCGAGACGACAGUUUUCAACGUCGUCUGUUAAAAGGACGUCGACAUCGCCACAGCGUUACAACAUGUCUGAACCCGCUGUGAGAUCUGGAAAUGUCAAAAAGUUCUCAGACAUACCAGGACCUUUGGCUCUUCCCAUCAUGAGACAUCACGCCCACGUUCUGCCGAGGAUCGGGUGUUUCCAUCACACCGUUGGCCUGGGUCUGCUGGAAGGUCUGCAACAGCGCUACGGGGACCUCGUCCGUUUCGCCAAAGCAACUCGCUCUCGACCCGUACUAUACGUCUUCGAUCCCGAACUCAUGAAAGAGGUGUAUGAUAGUAACAUGACGGUAUCGCCACAGUGGAGUCAGUCACCUCUCAACGAACACAGGAAGAACGCUGACACGAAAUGCCCGAUGCAGAGCGACGAAAGUAAAGCUGUAUGGACGGCGCUGCGGACGCUGUUACAGGAUGACUCGUUCCUUAGAAACUUUGAUAAGGCCUUCGAUGACAUAGCUGUCGACGUUACACGGAGACUGGAAGGUCUGAGACACGCAGGGAACGCGCUCAACGAAGAACUACAAACAGAAAUUUACCGCUGGGCGAUAGAGAUCAUCGGCGUCUUGAUUUUUGGGAUGCGGUUGGGAUGUCUGGAUGGAAAUGUUCAUGUGCCCACAGAAGAGAACAGGAAUCCAGAGAAGACUUCAAUGGACGAUCACAUCAAAUAUCUCUGUUCGCUUACAAAAAAAAGCGAACGAGAUCUGUCUCCGGCCGAGAGGUUCGUGCGGUGCUCUCUAGACGUCGCCAACGAAAACUAUUUGGUGCGAAGCGAAGAUACUCUGAGACAGGAGUCAGAGACGUUCAACGAGGCCUUGAAGACCUUCGACAAACAUUACAGCCUCACAGACCACUUUCUGGUUCGAGCGUUAGAGAACCUCAAUAAUGAGGAACUCAAAGCCGAACAAGUGCUUUUAAACAAACUGCGUCCGUUGGAGAGGCGAAUAUUGCCACUCGCUGCAGACGCGUUCCUGGCUGGCGUUGAUCCAUUGGCGCAGACGGCGAUCAGCAUGCUGUACGAGCUGUCGCUGCACGCCGCCCGCCAGCAGCGCGUGCACGACGAGGCGGGCUGGGCGCGCGCGGUCCGCGGCGAGGGGCUGGCGGCGCCGGACAUGCCGUACGCGGCGGCCUGCGUCCGGGAGGCGCUCAGGCUGUACCCGGCCACGGGGGGGGUCGUGAGGCGCAGCGUCGGCGAGCUGAGCGUCGCCGGGUACGAGGUGCCCGAAGGGGUGGACAUAGUGCUCGCUCAUGGGGUUUCAAGUAAAUUAGAGAAGGAAUGGGGAAGAGCGAAGUCGUUUAUACCGGAGCGCUGGCACAGCGACGGCUGGCGGCCGCUGAACGCGUCCCGGGCUCAUCGCUGCGCCUCCAUGCCGUUCGGCCAGACCUGCCCGGCGGCUGGAGUCGUGAACAAAAUGCUCUCGAGCCUCGCGAUACGAGUCCUGGACACAUACAGGAUCGAGUGGCACGGCGCGGCGCCGCGCGUCACCGCGGCCGGCGUCAACAAGAUACAGCGGCCAUACUACUUCGUGCUGCAGAACGCCGGGUGAGUGCAGCCUCCGCCGCCGGCGCCGGUCGUGACGCGACCGCUUGUGUUGUGAUGUAUUCUCCGAACGUCUGUGAUGGAACCAGAUGAUGUGCGUUUAGUAUUAUUAAAGUUAUAUUUUUAAUGUUUAUGAUUAUAUCGUUGUUAGUUGUUUAAGAUAAUUAAAUGUUUAGGAGCGGAAGUAUUAAGAAUUUUAAAUCAUUACAUAAAUAAAAAGUACCGAUAGAUAUCUGUUUUAUAUACCCCCUGAUUAUGAUUUUUAUGAUAAUUUAUAAGAAACAAUCAUAAUAAUCUCGUAGACUAAGAACAUUUUUAUAAUUUUUUUGUAUUGUGUUAAGAGAUUUUAUAACUGAAUAAACAUUUUUAAAUG